GGGGCAGUCCAGCCACGUCAGGCACUCCCCGCUCAACAGGCGGGGGGUUCAAGCGCGAUGAUAACACCGCCCUUGCAAAAGAAAGUGGACGCAGGCGGCAGUCGGACGGCGGCGGGAGAUCAUCACACCUCUGCAGACGGAGUCGCGAAAGGUGUGGUAGAGGGAAGGGUCGGUGACGUGCGCCGCGAAGAUGGUAAAAGAGAUGAACGACAGGAAGGCGAUGAUGCUGACGACCGACCCCUUGCUAGCACGCGGAAAAGAACUGCAAAGGAGGUUAAUCUGGAGGAGAGGUCGAAGUUGUGGGUUGAUUGCAACGCUUUUUGGGGUCAAGGCCCCGAAAAACCGUUGAGGGAGGCAAUUGGCGACUGCGCCGAUUACUUCAUCGCCAUCACCAAUGGAGACGCAGGAGCCGAACCACUGUCCAUGCUCAUCAUGCCGCCGAACGAUGUGCCACUCUUCAAAAUCGAUGAUCCGGCGCAGCAUGAACCGGCUUUGCGCAGAGUGCGCAUGGUGGAGAAACUGGUAAUGCGCACCAUCCACGGGUGAAUCUUCAAAUCGUCGUUGAGGUCGAAUGGCUUCGCUCGUGCAGAGUCGUACAUCACCGUCGGCUACGCUACCGACGUCG